AUGUCUUCACUGGCGAAUGCCGGCUUGGCUCGUUAUGCUGUAAGCAUCAUUCACCAUGUACCAAAGCUAAUACUAACCAAGUUUGAGUGCGACUACUGCAAGCAAAAGAAGUUCAGAUGCUCCAAGGAAUUUCCCAAGUGCAGCGCGUGCAAGCCUUGGCCGGGGCCUUGCAAUUACUCCCGAGAUAAACCGGCUGUCAAGGUCAGGGUCGAUGAGCAAACAACCCGCCCAUCUCUGGGUUUAACAGACCAGCGGAGCAUAGAGGGCCUACAUGACAGAUUGCGGAAAGUUGAGGAAGCGGUACAAGCUCUGACCAAUGCCGUAACUCAGGCUGUUGAUGCGAUGAAUCAUCCGUCGACUACUUGCCAACGGGGGUCUGAAAAAGGCCAUGUACCUCAUGAAGCAAGAGAUCCACCUUCUAACCUGAGUUUCUUAGAAAAUGCCAGCUUAGGCGACGCGUUCUUCGUCACACCUUCAGAAGACCUCCUCAUACAAACCAUAUUCAGACCUGAAUCUGUCUCAAGAAAGGCAUGGGUUGUGUAUAUCAACUAUAUGAUCCUCACUAUGCUAGUAGAUAACGAAGACGCCAAAGCUCAAAAGUACCGGAACAACAUGAAGUUGGCGCUCAAUGAUAGCAGAAUCUUUCUCGAACCUCACGAAGUUAACCUUCAAGCCCUCGUCAUGCUAGCCAUCCAUGGUGAGGAUUAUGCCUCGCCGAAUUCAUCGUGGAUGCUCGUUGGCCAUGCAUGUCGUCAAGCUGAGGCAUUGGGAUUUCACAUUGCCUCUACAGCAGAUUAUGUGACAACUCAGCGGAGGUUGAGCCUCCUUUGGCUUCUGUUCGCUGUAGAUAAGUCAUGUGUUCUUGCAUUUGGCCGCCCAUGUUUCCUUUCAUCAACGACAUAUUCUCACAUCCCGCUCCCAGACUUAGGAUAUUUGACAAGGUUUCAACCUCGCAGCGACUCCCCUCAUGCACGUAAGAGGUCGGAAAUUUCGUUGUUCGGAGGCCGCAUGUUUCUUGCUCGUAUUGAACUUGCAAAGAUGAUCGGGACGGUUGUAGACUCGAGGCAUAUCCCUGAGCCAGAAGAGGGCUUGAGGGAGCAUCUUGGACAGUGGUAUACUCGGACAAACAAGAUACUGAACGAUACACUCCAGAAUGAGAGAGCUUUCUCAGGGCCCAACGAACUGCGCGAAAUGGCAUUGGGCAUUAGCACUAUUAAGUUUGAGUACUUACAUGUCUUGAUGGUCCUCCUAAAAUCUCAUUCACCGUCUGCUAGCUUGAGACUAGAGGCUGCAAGGGAGGCGAUCUCUCUUCUUCCGUCCAUGGUAUCCAAUUGGACUUCUGUAUACAAUAGCAUGAUCUGGCAUCUUUUAUACUUCCCUUUCAUACCAUAUUUCAUCAUCUUCGAGAACUUAGUCCAAAGACAUGCGCUUUUAAGUAAGGUCACGAUCCAACAAGACCUCAAGCUUUUGUCUACAACGGUUUCGUAUUAUUCGAGCAUGACACGCCAAAUGCAAAUGCUAGCUCCGUUGUGCGCACGUCUUGAGAACAUCGCGACAGUAUUCCUCCACCUAGCCAAGCUGCAUACAGACUGUUUAGCUCCCCUCUUCUCAACUCAGCCACCAGCUCCAGAGCCCUUGCAGUCACGCUCAAGCCAAAUUCAGAAGACCAGUAUUUCAGCAAACAGCAUGUCGACUGGCUCUUUGCAAACGGAGCUAGGUGGGGAAUGUGAUGUCGACUUGGAGCAAUACCUCCAGUGGCUACCACCAGAUGUCAUUCCUCCUCAGGAUACACAGUCUACUGAUAUACCAGAUAAAGAUUCGAAUCAAAGGGUUUUGGGUGCUGAGGGUGUAGAGCCGUUACAGGCAGAACCCCGGGGUACCAAACGGCCAUUCGACGUUAUGUUUGACUGGUUUGCUUGGGAUGUCUACUACGGGGAGCAAAAUAUUGAGAUUGGAUGA